AUGGUACUCCACGGGGGCGGGGGGGGAGGGGGCACAGCCGCGCCCACGUUCCCGGUCACUGUGCGUGGAGGGACCGUUGGGAAUGUGCCGGCGACCCUGCUGGGCUUGGACGAGCCGGGCCCGGGCGCCUGCAAGGCCUCCGGGACAUUCCCAGCGGAGACCCUGAACUCCGGGGCCCCCCGCACCCCGGCAGCCCGCGACGGGGCGGAGAGGGCGCUGCCAAGGGGCGGACUCCCCAUCGGGCCCACUGUGCCCCCCGUGCCCGGGCACCCCUCCUCAAGACCCGGGAGACAGAAACGGCCCCCGAGGCUCCUUUCCGCCUCGGCUGCCGAGCCUGGAGUUGGAGCCACGGCUCGGGGUGGGGAGCCACGCCGCGCCGGCUUCGUGGCCGUGCGGGUUUGCGUGUGCGUGUCUCGUGGCUGCACGCCAUGCUUUGGGACUCCCCGGCCUCCUCCGCCACAUCAGACGCCCACGCGACCCACAGCGCUUCCACGCGCCUGCCCGCCCUCCGCAGGCCGCAGCGCUGCACCUGGCCCUCCCUCCCCCGACGCCACGCUGGCCGUUCGGGGUUCCGGGCUCUGCCCCUCGGCGUGCACGGCGGCCGGGGCUGGAGCUGGGGGGACGAGAGGCGGCGCUGGCGUCGGGGAGCGGCGAUGGAGCCGUGGUAUAGAGAGAGGCCUUGCUCACCCCCCUUCUCCUCGGCUGGAGCUGGGGGGACGAGAGGCGGCGCUGGCGUCGGGGAGCGGCGAUGGCGCGGCGCUGGCGGCCGCUGCGAACACAACUCAUCUGGCGCCCCGCUUCCCCGUCUCCGUGCCUUGGAUCCCCUUACUCGCCUCCUCGCGCUGGCAGCGGGGUGAGGGGCGGGCCCGCCUUGCUCCCGGUCUCGGAGGGAGAGCGUCGCCCACCUCGCCACGGAGCGUGGGGUCGGCCGCCGGCCACCGCGGAGAGGCUUUGCCGGCGGACGAGCCCGUGCGGCCGGCGGCUCUACCUGCUGACCCGCGGCUUUGCGGCUCCGGAAGCUCGGUGUUCGACGUCCAGGUACUCGGGCUUGCGUGGCGCUUCCCUGCUGUCUUCGGCCGUCGCGUCCUCGUCUCCGUCCUCUGGGGUCUGAGCGCGAGCUUGGCAGGGUUUCCGCGCUUGGCGGGCGCCGGGCGGACGGUCGCGGGGAGCAGCGUCCGCCUCGGUGGGCGCCCACGCGGGCCGGGAAGGGCUGCGGAGGGGCCGUCGAAGCCAUGGAUAGAGGCUCGACUGGGACACGCCCGGUGCCCCCCACUGCCUCCUUCCUCCCACAACGCAGGGCCACCUAGGACACGCGUGGCGCCUCCCGGGCCCCGCCCACCAGCGUCCCCGGGACUGCGUGGUCCCCGCCGGCCCACGGCCAACCCCCGCGGUCCCCCCGGGCCCCGCCGGCCGGGCCGAUGCCUGGCUGGGGACAGAGCCGCCCCCCGUCCUUCCUCGCUGUCCUCCCGGGGGUUCCCGGGCGGCGGCUCCCGCACACUGACCCAGGUCAGCGCCCCUCACUGCGCCCGCGGGGACCUCUUCACAACCUGCUCGGGGUCACUAGGUCCCCGGAGAAGGUGGCCGAGGGCCCUGCUGGACAACGGGGUCGUUGUCCUCACCAGCUGCGGAGGGGCCCGCCCGGCCCGGCUGCCCGGGGCAAAGGAUGGACUCCAGCUGCACGGGCUGCAGCCACCCAGACCGCGCUGCGCCCGACCCACGCGGAGCUCGGCUGCGGACGUGAGGAAACUGCGCCCCGUGGGUGGCCCCCAGCCAGGCGGGGGCCAGGCCUUCCGGAGCCCCCCCCGGAAACCGACGGAGCGAGGGCGCUUCAAGGAAAUCCAUCCCAGCAGCCCGAGGACGCGAGCACCGGGGACGGGGUCGCCGUGUCCCCCGCUGACCUCCGAGGGUCCCGGCCCUCCGAGCAGGACCGUGCCGGAUCGAUGGCUGAGCCGGCCAGCUAGCAACGUGACACUAAUGGACACGGGACUCAAACGCCGGGCGCGUAUUAACCCGGACGGCCCCGGGGGUGGCCGGCCCGGCGCGGCCGAAGGCCGGGGCCCUAAUGGAGCGGCAUUGACCGGGCCCGGGGGGCCGCGGCGGGGUCGGGUGUCAGCAGGCCGCGGGGAGCCGUUUAUGGAUUUCAGCGUCAUCUGGGGCGGGGGGUCUCGGGGUCUCGGGGUGCGGGCUCCAGGCUCUCCCGGGCUGGGUCUGUCGGGGGGCCCCUGGUUGUCCUCUCACGGGGGUGGAGCCCGCCGGCCUCCGCCUCCCACGGGGCCUCGCGCGGGCCCUUCCUCCGGGCCUCAGUGUCCCCCGGGCGCCGGGGCCCGCGGGGGGGGCCGUUCCCGCCGUCCUCCGACCACCCCGCCAGCGGUUAAGUGA